AGAUCUUUCUGAUAACGGCCCCCAGAUGCGUGGGUGGAUCGAGAUAGACCCUACAGCGACAGAAACCAUGUUUGUUUACAAAACGAGUUAGACCCUUUAGACAUGUUAAUGCAGAAUUUUUAGUUAAAAAGUUACGAAAUUCCAAUGAUCUCGAUAAAAAGAUGAAUUUUCUAUGGAAAACAGCGAAACGACCAUCGGUGUUCAAUAAUUCGUCGUACCACAUUCGCGGAUGGAUUCUUCCCAGUAGUGCCUGCCGACGGGUGUGUAGCAAUGCGCCCCCGGAUUCCGUCGUCCGAGUGCGAUUCGCUCCCAGUCCUACCGGAUUCAUGCACCUGGGCGGAUUGAGGACAGCUUUGUUCAACUACCUGUACGCGAAGUCCCGAGGAGGUAAAUUUAUACUGCGCAUCGAAGAUACGGACCAGGAACGAUUGGUUGAGGGAGCGACCGAGCGGCUGUACGAAGACUUGAAAUGGGCUGGGAUAGUUCCGGACGAAAGUCCCUGGAAUGAAGGCGAAUAUGGUCCGUACGUUCAAAGUAAGCGAUACGAAAUAUACAAACGGGAGGUGAAAAAGUUGAUGGAAGAUGGUAGAGCCUAUUACUGUUUCUGUUCGGAGCGUCGUUUAGAAUUGAUAAGGAAAGAAGCGGUGCGGUUGCGACAAGUUCCCAAGUACGACAAUAAGUGCAGACACCUGACGCCGGGGCAGGUUGCCGAAAGACUAGCCAAGAACGAUAAGUUUUGUAUCCGGUUUAAGCUGGAUUCGAAGGCGGAUGAGUUUCAGGAUAUGAUCUAUGGGAAGAUUGUGUACUUUUUAGCGCAAAACGAAGGUGAUCCGGUCAUCAUCAAAUCUGACGGCUUUCCUACGUACCACUUUGCAAAUGUGGUUGAUGAUCAUUAUAUGAGGAUAACCCACGUCCUUCGUGGCGUCGAGUGGCAAAUAUCCACUCCGAAGCACAUUCAAAUGUUCCACGCCUUUGGCUGGAAACCUCCGCAGUACGCACAUCUUCCGUUAGUGAUGAAUCCGAACGGGUCAAAGCUCAGCAAACGACAGGGCGAUGUCCAGCUAGAUCAUUACCGUAGAAUAGGAAUCUUCCCCCAGGCCCUUCUCAACUUCAUAACUCAAUCGGGAGGUGGCUUCGACCGGGAACUGGUGGACGUUAUUGGUCCGCAGAUGCAUGACCUCAUUAAGCAUUUCGACCUGAAGAAAAUCAACGCACACUCGAGCCGGCUGAAUCCGGACUUGCUGAAGCAGUGCAACCGGGAGGAGAUCCAGUACCAGCUGAGACACUCGGAGGAGAAAGCUGCCGCCCUGGUCAAGGAGGUCAUACGAAUGGUGAAGGCCGAGUUUGCCGGCGACAAUGUGAAGGGACUGGACUUGGACGAGAAACACGUCCGAGAGGUCCUGGAGUGGUCCGUGUCGAGGAUUGACACGCUGCAGGAUCUGGUGAAAGGGAAGCUUUCUUUCCUGUGGGUGCUGCCGAAAAGUUCCAAAGAUAAAACCAUCGACAGUGAUGUCCUAAAGGUGCUGGCAAAGAACCUUGCCUCCGAAGAGGAGACCGCUUUUACCAAAGCCGAACUGAGCAUAUUCCUGAAAGCAUUUGCCGAACGUAACCACCUGGUGUUCGAACAGCUGAUGAAGUCACUGCGAAGCUGCCUGAGCGGACUCAAGGAAGGCCCCGGGGUGGCGGAAAUGAUGGAGAUCCUAGGCCGUGAUAAGACAAUAGAACGCAUUCUGCUGGCAGCCAGAAGAAAAUAGACUUUUGCUCUGGAUUGGCAAUCAAUCGCCAAACUGGACUUUUAUUUCUCUAAAUUUAGUUCGGAGAAAACUUCGUUAUCUUCUUUUUGGUUAAGACAGAUAUAUGUUGAGAGUAAUAGAUGUAUAGUUAGUUGUAAUAAUAACUGGUAAAGUUAAGCUACCAAUCGCAAGAUAUCUAUUUCAUUUCAUUUACUUCAAA